CGGCACCAUGGAUGAGAGCUUCCGAGACCGGACGGCGUUCAUCCGGGGCGCCAAGGACAUCGCCAAGGAGGUGAAGAAACACGCGGCCAAGAAGGUGAGCAAGGGCAUGGACCGCGUGCAGGACGAGUACACCAAGCGCUCCUACUCCCGCUUCGAGGAAGAGGAGGACGAUGAAGAUUACCCGCCCCAGGACGGCUACUACCGGGGGGGCGAGGGGGCCAACGAAGAGGAGGGGGCUUCAAGCGAUGCCACCGAGGGUCACGACGAGGAGGACGAGAUCUACGAGGGCGAGUACCAGGGCAUCCCCCGGCACGACUCGCUGAAAACCGGGGAGCGGCUGGGGGCCGAGGCGGCCGUCGGCGCCUUCGACGACAGCGAGGGACAGCGACGGAAGGACAAGGAGGAGCUGGCGCAGCAGUACGAGCUCAUCCUGCAGGAGUGCGGCCACGGCCGCUUCCAGUGGACCCUCUACUUCGUCCUGGGACUGGCCCUCAUGGCCGACGGCGUGGAGGUCUUCGUGGUGGGCUUCGUCCUGCCCAGCGCCGAGAAGGACAUGUGCCUCUCCGACUCCAACAAGGGCAUGCUGGGGCUCAUCGUGUACCUGGGCAUGAUGGUGGGCGCCUUCCUGUGGGGCGGGCUGGCCGACCGCCUGGGCCGAAGGCAGUGCCUCCUCAUCUCCCUCUCCGUCAACAGCGUCUUCGCCUUCUUCUCCUCCUUCGUCCAAGGCUACGGCACCUUCCUCUUCUGCCGCCUCCUCUCGGGCGUGGGCAUCGGCGGCUCCAUCCCCAUCGUCUUCUCCUACUUCUCGGAGUUCCUGGCGCAGGAGAAGCGCGGGGAGCACCUGAGCUGGCUCUGCAUGUUCUGGAUGAUCGGGGGCAUCUACGCCUCCGCCAUGGCUUGGGCCAUCAUCCCCCACUACGGCUGGAGCUUCCAGAUGGGCUCGGCGUACCAGUUCCACAGCUGGAGGGUCUUCGUCCUGGUCUGCGCCUUCCCCUCGGUCUUUGCCAUCGGGGCGCUCACCACCAUGCCCGAGAGCCCCCGCUUCUUCCUGGAGAACGGCAAGCACGACGAGGCCUGGAUGGUGCUGAAGCAGGUCCACGACACCAACAUGCGGGCCAAGGGCCACCCCGAGAGGGUCUUCUCGGUCACCCACAUCAAGACCAUCAAGCGGGAGGACGAGCUCAUCGAGAUCCAGUCGGACACCGGCACGUGGUACCGGCGCUGGCUCGUCCGAUUCCUCAACCUCUCGCAGCAGGUCUGGAGCAACUUCCAGCAGUGCUUCGCGCCCGAGUACCGCCGCGUCACGCUGAUGAUGAUGGCCGUGUGGUUCACCAUGUCCUUCAGCUACUACGGGCUGACCGUCUGGUUCCCGGACAUGAUCAAGCACCUGCAGAACAUCGAGUACGCCUCGCGCACCAAGCUCUUCACCCACGAGAAGGUCCGGCACUUCACCUUCAACUUCACCCUGGAGAACCAGAUCCACCAGGGCGGGGAGUACUUCAACGACAAGUUCAUCGGCCUGAAGAUGAAGUCGGUGACGUUCGAGGACUCGCUCUUCGAGGAGUGCUACUUCGAGGACAUCACCUCCAGCAACACCUUCUUCAAGAACUGCACCUUCAUCUCCACCGUCUUCUACAACACAGAUCUCUUUGAGUACAAGUUCAUCAACAGCCAGGUGGUGAACAGCACCUUCCUGCACAACAAGGAGGGCUGCCAGCUGGACUUCAGCGACGACAACAACGCCUACAUGAUCUACUUCGUCAGCUUCUUGGGCACCUUGGCCGUCCUCCCCGGGAACAUCGUCUCGGCCCUCCUCAUGGACAAGAUUGGCCGCCUUCGCAUGCUGGCCGGCUCCAGCGUCAUGUCCUGCGUCAGCUGCUUCUUCCUCUCCUUCGGCAACAGCGAGUCGGCCAUGAUCGCGCUGCUCUGCCUCUUCGGCGGCGUCAGCAUCGCCUCCUGGAACGCCCUCGACGUGCUCACCGUGGAGCUCUACCCCUCCGACAAGAGGACGACGGCCUUCGGCUUCCUCAACGCGCUCUGCAAGCUGGCGGCCGUGCUGGGCAUCAGCAUCUUCACCUCCUUCGUGGGCAUCACCAAGGCGGUGCCCAUCCUCCUGGCCUCCGCCGCCCUCGCCCUCGGCAGCUCCCUCGCCUUGAAAUUGCCGGAAACUCGGGGGCAAGUCUUGCAGUGA